AUGGAGAGUCCGCCAAGUCUUCUUUAUUGUGGAGUUUGUAGCGACACUGCGGACGCUGUGCAUUUCGGAGGGCUUUCGUGUCGAGCAUGCGCCGCAUUUUUCCGUCGAAAAGUGGCCGGUGGAAAAAUGAGCAUUGGAAGAAGAUGUUUCGGAAACUGCAAACUGGAUACUGUAGUUUCAAGAAGACUCUGCCCAUUUUGCCGAUACGACAAGUGUCUUAGGAUUGGGAUGAAGACAACAGCAGUGUUAUCGAGACUAGCCACAGUGAAAACAGAGCCAGGAGAAGGGACAAGUAGUGGUAGUGGAUGGGCAAUGGGAAAUUUGUUGGAGCAGAUGAAAGAGGCCCAUCGGAAUUUGGAAAAUGCUAGAAGAGCAGAAUUCAUGAAUGAGGAUCGCAAACCGAACGCUACAAACUACAAAGUGCUCAACGAGAUUUACUCCAAAGACAUUAACCUAAUUUAUCAACACCUAUCUGUAUUCUUUCAAUCCAUUACUCCUAUUAACGAUGAGCAACAUGGCUCUUGGCGAUCCCAAGGAACCGAACUUUUUGUGAUGCCAAACGGGGAUUAUGUAGAUUUGCAAAAUUUGGAUAAUUUUUAUCAGAACCCAGACGAACAAGAUGGUAGUAUAGCAGAGAAUGUUACGACACUAAUGAAACCAUAUUGGCAUUUGAAUAACCGAGUGUUAAGGAAAAAUCUGGUAGAGGUGAAUCUAGAUUUAUCGGAAUUUUUAUUUGUCAGUGCGCUCAUUUUUUGGGAUUUCGGCGUUCCGGAACAAUCAGAUGAGUGUAUAAAGGUUUGCAAGCUGAUGAGGUCCCGGAUUUUCGAAGAGUUGACGACAUAUGAAAAAUCUAAAAUAAUGACAGAAGAUCAUUCAUUACGAGUUGGAGAGAUUGUGAUAGUGUUACAAGCAGUUCAAAAGGCACUUGGGAUCAUGCACGAGUGUAGAGAUAUUUCCAUCGCUUAUAAUUUACACGGCAGGGAGUGUCCGUUGUUCAAAAUUCCGGAAGGUUCAUAA